AUUUUAAUAAUUUAUUAAUUAAAUUUUCUUAAAAAAAAUAAUUUGUGAUACUUGUCGCAUUUUUAAAUUACAUUUUUUAAAAACAAAAUUAUUUUUACUUAUCUGUAAUUAGAUUGCUUAUUUUUUCAUUUUUUCAUUUUAUUGUUUCAAUCCUCUUUUUAUUUUUUAAAAUCAAUAUUAUUCAUAAAUUUGUUUUUUUUUUUUUCUUAAUUCAUUGCAUAGAAAAAAACCAUUUAGAUAAUAUAAAUAAUAAUAAUAUGAAUAAUAAUAAUAAUAAUAAUAUUAAUAUGAUAAACGAAUCAAUUUUAUGCUUUGAUUCAAGAAUCGAUCUUUUAAAAAAUGAGAUCCAUAAUCUCAAUUCUACUUAUCCAGAAGAGGUUAGCUUAAUAUACCCAACCGAUCAAUUAGGACCACUCCCAAAAGAAUUAACAUUAGGUGAACAAGUUGAUUUCGUCGAAGAUCUUUUUUCAUACUUAAGAUUAACUAGAAAUUCAAUUGUAAAUGAAGGAAAUCCAAAGUCUAAAAAUUUUUAUGACCCAUGUCCAAAAUGUAGAUAUCGACCGUGCAAAAUCAAAUUAAAGCAUCCAAUGUCUGAUCAUUCCAAUUAUAGUGACCGUGUUGAUCCAGAAUCACCAAGCUCACAUGUUUUCGCAUAUCUCAGGGGUUUUGAUGACUUCGAUAACAAAAGUCCAAAUGAAAUCAUGACCAAAUUUCAAAGAAAAAUGUCCAUAUAUCUAAACAAAUUUACUCAAUUCAAUAAGUUUGAGGAUAAAUGGGUAAUUGAAGAAUCCACCUCAAAUAACGAAAUUCAACAUUACAAUCAAUUCUUUAGAUUUCCACAUGUUCAUUACCCAAGAAUAAAGAAGUUUGAUAUUUUGGUUUAUGAUCAAUCUAUUAGAGUUUUGUUUUCAAAUUUAUACUUUGCAGGUUUAAGAGGUAUUAAAGAUCCAAUUUAUUCAAGUUUUAAUGAAUUUAAAUACGAUUAUAUUAAAGAAUUAAUGAAUCAAUCAAUUAUUAGUAUCCAUCUUAGUUUACAAGAAAUCAAAGAUCGAUUAAAGAGUGAUUUUCCAAAAUCAUCAGUUCCAAUUGAAGACCCAUCAACAGAAAUCGAUUUUGAUCUUUCAAUUUUUCUUUUUAAUGAUGAUAAUAAUGACAUUUUAAAUGAAAUAGAUCCAGAUGUAUUAGCAUUAGAUCAAUAUUUAGAAAAUUGUUAUUAUGGGGAUAAUUCUAACUUUAUUAAUCACGACAAUAACGGUUUUGUUAAUAACAAUAACGAUAUUAUUAAUGACAAUAACGAUAUUAUUAAUGACAACGACAAUAUUGAAAUUCAUUUUGAUUUGUUAGAAAUUAUUGAACAAGAUUAAAUGUCUGGAGAUUAAAAAUUAUCUUAUCCAAAAAUUAAUUAUAAAAAAGAUAAAAAUAAAUAAUGUAAAAUAAAUAAAAAGUUAAAAAAAGAAUAAUUAUUUAUCU